AUCGUUUUAUAUUAUUCUACCGCGGUCACAAGUUCAGAGGUGUCCCCGUCUGUUGUGUGUUUAGCCCGGUGCCCAUCUUGGACAGUGCGUGUUCCAACCAUCAGCCAUCAGCCAUCUAGCAAUCCCAGCUAUUAAGCAUACGAACAUCGUCGCAUCAAGGUGCAAGUUUGUUUCGGAGCAUCUGUGACCCAAUCGUAAAUUACUUCGUGGAUUCUGUGCGGGACGUGUUCUUAGUGACCAAGUCUAAUAAACCGCGGCACAAAGAUGAAGCUUUUGGUAGCAUUCGCUUUCGUUUUUAUCUCCUAUCACAUCGCCAACGCACAGGAUGAUGUCCAGCUGGUGCAGUUUACCAACGACAACAACCCCGAUGGCAGCUAUAACUUCGCUUACGAACAAUCCGAUGGCCAAAAGCGCGAAGAAGCAGGUGUCUUGAAACCGGUGGAGGGUGCCGAAUCACCAGCCAUUUCUGUAUCAGGAUCGUACGAAUUCACCGAUCCCAACGGGCAGCGAUUCCGUGUGGUGUAUACCGCUGACGAGCGCGGCUAUCGACCAACAGUUACUAAGCUUUAAAAGCGCCCUGUUUGAAUUAAUGUAUACUAGUUGUGUAAGCUUCUAUGAGAUUGAAAUUUAUAAAAAUCGAGAUUCAAACAA